AUGGAGUUAUGUUCAGAGAGUCUGCAGAAUAUUCUUCAACGCAAACCCCAAGAAUUUGGUCGACAAUCAGGAGAACCACUGAAUUGUUACGAGUAUUUCAUUUCGUGUGAAAUAUUCCGAGAGAUCUUAGAAUGUGUUCAGUAUUUGCAUGAAUUGAAUCCACAGAUCAUUCACAGAGACCUCAAACCCGACAAUAUAUUGAUCGAUAGGAACUCUACAGCCAUAUUCAAUCAUAAAUGGGAUUGUAAAUGAUCCAGCACAUUGUUUGCAAACUAUUUUGGUAUCUAUGCUAACGUACCCCUUAUGGCAUCUGAGACCGGAGUGUCGGCAAGUGUUGUCCAAAUAUAACGAGUGGUCUAUCGAUAAGAAUAUUCUCGUAAAUGAUCCCAUGUUUGAUGAAACACACCAUAAAUUUCAAUCAAAAGGGGAUUCAUUUUAUUCGCAAUAUUUAAUAAGUAUAACCGAAACAAAGUUUA